GACAGCAAAACAGGAGGUGAUCUAAUCCGAUAUCCUGGGCCGAGAGUAGAGCACUGCUUCGUCGUCGCCUCGCCCCCGCCCCGGAACACAGGCGGAAAGCGGUUCAUCUGACCGUGCGCCAGACUGGUUUCCAUUCUCAUUGCUAACACCACUGCAGGUGCAAUAUUGGACUCAUCGCGGCGGCAUGUGGACCUUCCGAUCAUCGUUCCCGGUUUAAUCAGCGGAUCCCUUCCGAAGGUGAUAGUCUAAGGCAGCCUGCAAGAUGCCAGAACAGAGCAACGAUUACAGGGUUGUAGUAUUUGGAGCAGGGGGCGUGGGGAAGAGCUCGUUGGUCCUGAGGUUUGUCAAAGGGACCUUCCGUGAGAGCUACAUCCCCACCAUUGAAGACACUUAUCGCCAGGUCAUCAGCUGCGACAAGAGCAUCUGCACUUUACAGAUCACGGACACCACGGGAAGUCACCAGUUCCCGGCCAUGCAGCGGCUCUCGAUUUCCAAAGGACAUGCCUUCAUCCUCGUGUACUCCAUCACUAGCAAACAGUCUCUGGAAGAGCUGAAGCCCAUCUACGAGCAAGUGUGUCAGAUCAAGGGGGACGUGGAGAGCAUUCCUAUCAUGCUGGUGGGCAACAAGUGCGAUGACAGCUUGAGGGAGGUGCAGGCGAGCGAUGGCGAAUCCCAAGCCAAGCGUUGGAAGUGUGGUUUCAUGGAAACCUCGGCCAAGACCAAUCACAAUGUCAAGGAACUCUUUCAGGAACUGCUGAAUCUGGAGAAGCGCAGGGCAGUGAGCCUACAGAUCGACGGCAAGAAAUCCAAACAGCAAAAGAGGACAGAGAAACUGAAGGGGAAGUGUGCCGUUAUGUGAACUGCCUCAACCCAAUAACAACAAAAUACAUACAUUACCUUCUGGACACCGAACUGAGCAGAUUCACAAAAAGGGGUCGGCUCGGUGACCCUGUCGCAAUCGCAUGGGUCUUUCUCAAAGGAAACGUGCAGUUUUAAAAUUUCUUUUAAGCCGAAAUUACGUUUCAAAAUCAAGUCCAAUUUCUGAACCGUCAGUUUGCUAUGAUGUACGAGGUGUGCAUUCGUAAAUGAUCUGAAUGCACCUCGGAUAUUUAUAUUCCGGAACGAAGCAGCUAGUAAAAGCACAUUCAUUUUGACGUGAUCAGUCGUGGAUUUCUUUUUUAAUUUAUUAAAGCAUAUGGACAUAUUCACAACAAAUAGCACCUUAUUAGCGCGAGCAGAUGAACUUUAGGCCUUUUUUCGAAGUAAACCAGGGAAAUAGUUUCAAUCAAUAUGGUUAAACGUCAUAAUAAUGGACUUGAUUUAAGCUAUAUCUACAAUAAAUACAUUUGAAUUUGCAUGAUGCUUUACAUUUAAAAACAGUCUGAAGUCAAUGCAGAAAGUUCAAUCCUGGUGAGUUUCUCACUGCAGCAGCAACACUUUUUCUUGUUUCUGCAACGCCGCCCCCCCCCCC